AUGUUGUCACAGUGCUCCUGGGAUCUGUUAAAGAUUGCAAAUCUUCAUCUGCAGACUCUGAAUUUAAAUCUGUGCUUACGAAGCCACAGAAGACAUUUCAGCAAGUCACUGCCUGCAUGUCGAAGGAAAGUAGUUGUUACAGGUAUUGGCUUAGUGUCCCCUCUCGGUGUGGGGACUCAGUUUGUGUGGCAGCGCCUUCUCCAAGGAGACAGUGGGAUCGCGUCGCUAGACGGGGCAGAAUAUGCAGGCAUCCCCUGUAGAGUGGCUGCUUGCGUGCCGAGGGGAAACGAGGAGGGUCAGUUCAGUGAAGAAAGCUUUGUGUCCAAGUCAGAGAUCAGAUCCAUGAGCGCUGCCACUGUGAUGGCCAUGGGCGCAGCAGAGCUAGCCAUGAAGGACUCCGGCUGGUCUCCCCAGUCGGAACAGGAUGGAUUAAGGGCCGGCGUGGCAAUCGGGAUGGGAAUGGUUCCGCUGGAGGAGAUUUCCCAUACAGCCGCUUUAUUUAGAACAAAGGGGUAUAACAAGGUCAGCCCGUUCUUCGUCCCAAAGAUUUUAGUCAAUAUGGCAGCAGGCCAGAUCAGCAUUAAAUACCAGCUGAAAGGGCCGAAUCAUGCCGUGUCAACUGCUUGUACCACGGGCGCACACGCCGUUGGAGACUCCUUCAGGUUUAUUGCUGCUGGUGAUGCCGAUGUCAUGUUGGCUGGAGGGACUGAGGCUUGCAUUAGUCCCUUGUCCUUGGCUGGAUUUGCAAGAGCUCGGGCCCUCAGCACAAGUUUUAACUCAAGCCCUAAAAUGGCCUGUCGACCAUUUGACUCACAGAGAGAAGGGUUUGUAAUGGGAGAAGGUGCUGCUGUGCUGCUCUUGGAAGAAUACGAACAUGCCAUGCAGAGAGGUGCUAGGGUCUAUGCAGAAGUUUUAGGUUAUGGACUUUCUGGUGAUGCUUGCCACAUAACAGCACCUAAUCCAGAAGGAGACGGUGCAUUCAGGUGUAUGUCUGCAGCAAUAAAAGAUUCUGGGAUCAAACCUGAAGACAUAACAUAUGUCAAUGCACAUGCAACUUCCACACCUCUAGGAGAUGCUGCUGAGAAUCAAGCAAUAAAGAGACUUUUUAAAGAUCACUCACGUAAUAUUGCAGUUUCCUCAACAAAAGGAGCAACAGGACAUCUCUUGGGGGCUGCAGGAGCUAUUGAAGCAGCUUUUACUGCACUGUCCUGUUACCAUGGAAUUUUGCCACCUACUCUAAACUUGGAGAAGACAGAGGCAGAGUUUGAUCUCAAUUACGUUCCAUUAACAGCUCAGGAGUGGCAGACUGAGAAGCGGCGCAUAGCACUGACAAAUUCGUUUGGCUUUGGUGGGACUAAUGCAACUCUGUGCUUUGCAAGUGUUUAACUUCAGCUGUGCACCUUGUGGGAACUGGCACUGACAGUGAUUUUCGGUACUGCCACCCUCGGU